AUGGAGCUGAGUGGAGUGGCCGUGGCCCUGGGCCCACCGGAACUCCUUUUAUUCCUGUGCUUCAGGACCCUGGCCGCCCAGACUGCAGACACCUGUCCGGAGGUGAAGCUGGUGGGUCUGGAGGGCUCCGACAAGCCCUCCAUCCUCCGAGGCUGCCCGGGGCUGCCCGGACCCGCAGGGCCCAAAGGAGAGGCAGGCGCCAAGGGACAGAAGGGAGAGCGAGGUUCUCCCGGAGUCCCUGGGAAGGCGGGGCCGGCCGGGCCCGAAGGAGACCGAGGGGAAAAGGGCGCGGGCGGAGAGAAAGGAGAGCCGGGGCAGCUUCAUUCCUGUGCCACAGGACCUCGGACCUGUAAGGAGCUGCUCACCAGGGGGCACUUUCUGAGCGGCUGGCACACCAUCUACCUGCCCGACUGCCGGCCCCUGACCGUGCUGUGUGACAUGGACGUGGACGGCGGGGGGUGGACUGUUUUCCAGCGAAGGAGCGACGGCUCCGUGGACUUCUGCCGGGACUGGGCCGCGUACCAGCAGGGCUUCGGCAGUCAGCUGGGAGAGUUCUGGCUGGGGAAUGACAACAUCCACGCCCUGACCGCCCAGGGAAGCAGUGAGCUGCGGGUAGACCUCAUGGACUUUGAGGGCAACCACCGAUUUGCCAAGUACCAGUCAUUCAAGAUGGCGGGCGAGGCAGAGAAGUACAAGCUGAUCCUGGGAGACUUUGUCGGGGGCAGUGCCGGUGAUUCCCUGACGUCCCACAACAACAACGCCUUCUCCACCAAAGAUCAAGACAGCGACAAAAAUACUGCCAAUUGUGCCGUGCAGUUCCAGGGGGCCUGGUGGUACAAGGAUUGUCAUGUGUCAAACCUGAACAGCCGCUACCUUGGGGGGCCCCACGAGAGCUUUGCAAACGGCAUCAACUGGAGGUCAGGGAAGGGGUACAACUACAGCCACAAGGUGUCGGAGAUGAAGGUGCGGGCCACCUAGGGCGGG